AUGGCGCCCAAACAGAAAGAGCCGUGCUACGUGCUCGGCGUGGGCAUGACCAAGUUCAUCAAGCCUCGCGGCAAGGUCGACUACACCGAGCUCGGCUACGAGGCCGGCAUCAAAGCCAUGCUGGACGCCCAGAUCUCAUAUGACGACGUCGAGCAGGGCAUCGCGUGUUACUGCUACGGCGACUCUACCUGCGGCCAGCGCGUCUUCUACCAGUUCGGCAUGACCCAGAUCCCCAUCUACAACGUCAACAACAACUGCUCCACGGGGUCCACGGGUCUGGCCAUGGGCCGCAACAUGAUUUCGUCCGGCGCCGCCGACUGCGUGCUGGUCGUCGGCUUCGAGAAGAUGAUGCCCGGCAGCCUGCAGAGCUUCUUCAACGACCGAGAAUCGCCUCUCGGGACAACCUACGCCAUGAUGGCAACAACGAGGGGUCUUUCUAAGGCGCCCGGGGCUGCGCAAAUGUUUGGCAAUGCCGGGCGCGAGUACAUGGAGAAAUACGGCGCAACCCCCUCCGACUUCGGCGAGAUCGCGCGCAUCAACCACGCGCACAGCGUCAACAACCCCUACUCGCAAUUCCAAGACGUCUACACGCUGGAGCAGAUCAUGUCGUCCCCCGCCAUCCACUCCCCGCUCACCAAACUCCAAUGCUGCCCGACCUCGGACGGGGGCGCCGCCGCCGUGCUCGUCUCGCAGUCCUUCCUCGACGCGCGCCCCCACCUACGCGACCAGGCGGUGCUAAUCGCCGGCCAGUGCAUGGCGACGGACGCGCCAUCGCUCUUUUCGCAGAGCGCGAUUGAUUUGGUGGGGCGCGAGAUGACGGAGCGGGCGGCGCGCGUGGCGAUGGCGGAGGCGGGCGUGGGGCCGGGGGAUUUUGCGGUGUGCGAGUUGCAUGACUGCUUUAGUGCGAAUGAGAUGUGUUUGUUGGAUGCGUUGGGUCUGGCGGAGCCCGGGCGGGCGCAUGAGCUUGUGCGUGCCGGGGGGAUUACGUACGGCGGGAAGGUGGUGGUCAAUCCGAGUGGGGGGUUGAUUUCCAAGGGCCAUCCGCUUGGUGCGACGGGGAUCGCGCAGUGUGCGGAGCUGGUGUGGCAUCUGAGGGGUUGGGCUAACAAUAGGGCGGUGCCGCAUACCAAGCAUGCGUUGCAGCAUAACUUGGGGCUGGGCGGUGCGGCCGUGGUGACGGUUUAUAGGCGGGCUGAUGGGCAGGAGGCUAAGGUUGUGGACUCGGCGGUUGUUGGGAAGGUGAACAAGCAGGGGUAUAAUCCGGCCGUGGAGGCGCGCGGGUUCACGGCCGAGCAGGCACAGAGGGUGAGGAGUAAGGAUAAGACGCAUGAGUUUGCUAUGACGGCGACGCUGCCUAUGAUGAAGGCGGCGCAGGCGAAGGUGUAG